AGCAGCACGGCGGAGCGCGCGUGUGCGAGCGAGCAAUCGAGCCGCAACGAGAAGUGCUGCGCGCCGAAGUAGCAGCAGCAGCUACACCGCGAGGGCCGCAAAGAGAGGCGACGGCGAGGAGAGGGGUUGGGCUGGGAGCCGUCGCCUGCCGCUGCGGACGAUUCGUCGCGGGCCGUUUUGAUCACGGAUAGCGCGCCCGCUUGCAGCACGCGCCUUGGUCUUCGCCGAUUUGUGAGCGGGCACGCUGUUCUCGCCUACGUCACUCUCUCCCCGCGGCGUCGUGACCCUUCUCAAGAACCAUGGCGGGGAGAUCUUCCUCCAGAAGCGGCAACAAGCAGCCGACGACGCACUGGCUCAACGUGAGCUGGGACGAUAUCGUGGAACGGCUGGCCCUCGUCUUCUACACCGACGAGUCGUUCGAGACCGUGGACUACAUAAACGUUAUGCUGCUCGGAUGGGCGCUGUUCGCCCUUUUCGUCUACGUGGUGGGCACGCUCCUGGCGAACCGAUUCGGUCGCCAGCGGCACGGCGUCGCCGCUUCGGCCAAGAGGGUCGACGGCCAGGAGCCCGUCGAGGAGACCGUCUCCGCCGGGAGCGCCCAUGAACAGCACGCGGCCGCGGCCGGCCGGUGGGCGAACGCGAAGGAACCUGUGCCAUUUGCGGUUUCGGCCUCGGGUUCUGACCCUGACGCCGUGCUUUGGACCAACCGGGUCCUGUCGUGGGUGCUAGCGCAAAAGGAGCACGAGUUCCUGUCUAAGCCAUGGAUUCAGGCGCUCAACGAGAAGCUGGCCAAGUCGCCGCCUAAGAACAACAUCGUUGUGGAGUUCGAAGCCAUUCAUCCGGAUAGCACGAAGCCGAAGCUACAUGAUGCCCACGUCGUGCUGGAGUCGAAAGAGAGUCUUACAAUCACGACGGGCAUCACCUGCGAGCGACUGAUUUUGGUGAUCAGAGUCACGAAGAGCGACGACCCGGAACGGACCGUCCACCGGUACAACCUCCUUGUCGAAAAGCUCAACGGAAAGUUGAGGAUAUGCUGCAUUAGCACGGAGCAACUGUUUGUGGUGCGCUUCGUUCAGCGACCUGACGUCAAGGUUUCCCUGCAGUCUUCGCUUGCCGAAAACAAACCGCACUCGGUGGACCAGCGCGCCCUGGACGACGUUGUGCUGGAGGCGGUGGUGGACGCGCUGUCUUACACCGUGGCCGACAUCAGCUGCUCGGGACAGAAGGAUUUCCCCAGCUUCAAACACCGAGCACCGGUCUCCGAGAUAAUACAGAGCACGCACCUCAGUCAGGUGGACGCUUCGACGCCGUCCCACAAGGUCAAGCACGAUCACCGACUCCUUGUGAAGGUCAUAAAAGCUUCCAACUUAGGCGGAAACAAAGGCUGCAAGGAAGUGUACUGCGUGGUGGAGGUUGACGAGCCGCCGCAUCGCUGCACGACUACCGUUGCCAAGGAGACGACCAAUCCUUUCUGGGACGAGCACUUUCUAUUCACCCUCGACCAGAAUUCCUCUGAAGUCCUGUUCGAGAUAUACGACAAGAGCAAGCCCCAAGGCGACAAUUUCCUUGGCCUUGGAAUUGUUAGCAUUUCGGAACUUAGAAGAGUGCCCAGUCAACGCCAGAUUAUCACAUUACAGUCGAGGCCUUUGGAGUAUGACAAUGUUUCAGGCUCUCUGACAGUUGAGUUCCUCUACAUGGAGGGAUCCCAGAUUCCAGUGGUGGCAGACUCCCAAACAGCAACAGAGUUUGCUCCACACUCACCACAAAGCCGCAUUGUCGAGAAAAACAGCCGGAUCACCUCCGACGGAAGGGUCAUCACCACUACUACCAUCAAGCGCUCACCGACAACUGAAACUAAGACAAGAGACCUCGAGUGGGAAGCUCUUCUCGCCAUCGAGGAGAAACUGCGCCUCAUGGAGAAUCAAUCAUCACUUACGAAGUCACUUGAUGAGUCUAUGGUUGAGUUCCUUCGCAGUCAGAUUGCCAGCAGCCCAGCCGAUGCCAUCGAGCAUGUAACAUCUGUGGUGACGACUUCCUUGGCAACUGAGCCAUUGUCUAAUUGCUCUGAUAUGAGCAAAACCAUGGCCAGUGGCGAGGAAGUGCCAGUCAUUGCAGCCACUUACUGUAUAACUACAAACGCCUCUGCCUGUCCUUUGGCGACAAAGGACCCAGACACGUCAACGACACUGUCUUCAGACAGCACUGACCUGUUCUCAGGCCAAGAUGGCAUCUCUCAGGAAGAUGACAUAGCAGAUGACAUCCCUCCCCCUCUCCCAUCUUCUCCUCCACCUGACAUGUGCGACGCUGAUGACAGUGCUACUGAUGAUGGUGUUGAUGUGGACGAUGCUGGUAUCGACGUGGAUGACCUUGUUGUGUGCAAAGUUAGGAGAGCAGUUCUCACAAAUGGCUUUGAAGGAUCAGUGGAUGGUACUUCCACCGAGUUUCUUGCACCUAAGUCGGUAGAAGAAGGUACAAGCGGUCUGUCAUCUGAAGAAGAGGUUGGAGCCAAUGUUCGUGGGAGCCAAAUCUCAACCUGGAGUGGCACGUUGGGAGUGGAUGGCUCGAUGGUGUUUAGUAGCACUCCCAAUGGUGCUCCAAGAGCUGACCAAAAUGGCAACAUCCAUCACGAUGAUGGUGGAUCACUCGCAGAAGCAGCUCUUAAGGAGCUGGAAGCCAAAAAUAGGAGCCCCACAGCAACAAAGAGCACACUUAUCAUCCACAGUGUUCAAAGGGAAGCUGCUGUUCCAAGUUUAAAGGUGAAAAUCGACAAGCAAGGACAUUGGCAUGAGGUUUCCCAGGUGGAUGACACAUCACUCUCCAUUUCACCAAGCAGCCUGCGAAAGCAGAACCAGCACUCUGGUGACAGGAGUGUCUCUUCGUCAUGCAGCGAAGCCGAAGGAGAAGGUGGCCCAGAAAAACCGAAGAAACGAACGUUACUGGGCAAAAUACGGAAGCGGCUGAGCUUCAAGAAGAACCGCUCCAAGUCAAUGGAAGCUCGACCAGAUGCUGACGCGCACAGCCACAGUAGCAGCCGUAGUGUCUCCACUGACCGUGCCAAGUCGGUGCCACUUGGAAGAAAUACUCACCUCGAUGUUCCAGGCGUUCGCAACAAUGGUAGUACAAGGAGCAGCAUCAGCGAGGGGUCCGGAAUCAGCGCUGCCUCUAGCCGCACAUACGUCAGUGACAAGUCCCUACUCGUUGUAGAAGCAAAAGAGAAUGGUGUCAUCAGGCAUUACUUGAUCCCUCCUCAUUUGGCACAUCGCAGCAAGUGGCGAAGGAAAGGCGUCAAACUGCACAUUUUCAAUGACCAUGUAUUUGUGGCCAAGCAUAUCCCAGGUGGAGUUCAGUGUCACGUUUGUUCAAGGCUACUGACAAGAAGGCUAGGAAAACAAGGUUACGUCUGCAGAGGUUGUAACCUGCUCUGCCACAAGUCUUGCCAUGUGAAAACAGAAAGUGUAUGUAACAACAGCUCUGUGGCGACCAUGCAAAUGGAACCAGUGGAAGACCUGCAUCCACCGCACAUGAAGACAAGUUGAUGCGAGUAAUGAGAAACUGCUGCAUAAGAACGUGACAUCUCGCAAGACUUUCUAAACUGCAAAGCACAAAGUUUAUUUGAUUGUUGCCGUGAUGUGUUAAGAUGAAUUGCCUUGUUUUACUGCCCUCCACUUCACUUGUGGUCCUUUAGAUUUCUUACCAGCAGCUUUGUACGCAGCCUUCAGGCAGCUCCCAAAUAUCGGCGCAGAGCAUUUUGCGAAGUGCUUAUUUCAAGGUCGCUCACUAAGAACGUAAGAAUGCUUUGAUGAAAUUUAUCCAUUUUCUUGGGGACAAAAACACAAGAGAUUUGUUUUUUCCGUCAAAAUAAUAUUGAACUGAAAUACAUGUUUGGAGCUGAACAUCACAUGAUCAGACUGCUUCUUGGUACUACGCAGUGUCUUUACUAGAACAGAAGUUUUUGUAACAUGUUUGGUAAAUACGGCACAUUUUGAUGUAUGCCAACCAGAUAACCAGCGAAUGGCACCAGGGAAGACGUCCAUAACAUUACAGAUAGUACCAAGAGGGCAUCAGGUGGCGUUUCUCACUAGCUACCACAGCGUGAGAGGCAGGGUUCCUCUUUUAUUUCACAAAACUUUCACCAUGUCAUCCUGAGUUCACCUUGCAAGAACCAGGCUGGUACCUACGGCUGCAGUACAUUGUGCAUACUCUCUUGUGUGAUUACGAUGUGAGCUAUCUUGUUAUUAUGCGACAAUCGACACUCUUCAAGUGAAAGAAAAUCUGUACCGCAAGCGACCGAGCCAAUGGGAGGCAGUUCACUUUUCAUCGAGUUGGAAGCCAUCAAACGAAUUUCGUGCUCGCCACUAGCUUUUAUGUGCUUGACAGUUUUCUUGUAUGCCAAUACUUUUUUUUAUCGAUCGACUACACAAACUUGUGUGAUGACAUACCUGAGACAAACAAGCAGUUGCUCAUGACUGCCAUCAAGUCAUAGUCGUGCACACAAUGCUUUCCCAUUAGACAUAUUCACACUCGGUGCCCUUUACAGGUGCUUGCCUAGGCCUGUAAUGUCUGGCAUUAAAUGAGCAGUGUGGGGACACGCAUUUGUCAAGGAGGCUAGAAGCAGAUUUGAAGUGAUAGUGCGAGCAAUAUGUGCAGUGCAAUAAAAGUGUUGAAAAUUUGCUAGUUGAAGCAUAUUAUGAUGUGUUCUUUAUAUAUAUAUAUAUAUAUAUAAACAGAUAUUGAUGUAUGUAUAUAAAGAUGGCACGCUUUUUAGUUACUUUAAUAUGACCAUAUCUCGUAUGCAUUUCACUUUUUGUAUGGAUGUUUAUGUGUGUGCUUACAUGUGUUGAGAGUAGUCCAGUGGAGUCAGGUGCAGCCUCAGUUUUUUUUUUUUUUUCAUUCAGUGGAAAGGUUUUGGUAGAUGUAAUUAUUAUAUUAAUGUGAGAUAAUUAUUGCCGAAUAUCUCCUAAUAUUUGAAUUGAAUAAAAAAGUAGAAGGCAAUCGACUAAUUCAAGCACUCAUUGCAAGGAGAAGGUAUAUUUUUGGAAAGUAGUAUUAUUCGAAUGCAGCUCUUUGUGUGUAUCAGCAGGUUCACUUGCACGAUUAGCAAUACUUGAAGUAUCACUGUGGUAAAGGUGAAAAUAUGAUGCUAUAGCAAAUCAGAGACUUCAAUAUUGUUUGUAUUGAGGUUAUGUUAGUGAUUUUUCUGGAUAUAUGCUUUUCACUUUAUCACCAGCUGGAGCUCGUGGCUGGACUUUCUUAGUGAAAAAAGCAUAUAUAAUGAGUGUGUGUUGCUAAAAACUGUUGUACUUGUAAAUUUUCUUUUGUGGAAGGGCUAUUCAAAUGCUGAGCCUCGUUCAUUGUGGUCUGAUUGAACAUUGUGUUUUGCUGAGUUGUGGAGUAUGCAGUGUUUGUUGAUGUGACCAUGCAAAAAAAAACAAUUGCUUGGUUUAAAAACUUAUAUAAUAAUCCUUUAAGAACACUUAGUUCUUAUAUUGGAGUUGAUAACAUGAUUAUUUAUAAACAUUUAAAUAUGGGAAAUAUACCAAAAGCAUUGGAAAGAUAUGUAUAUAGUAGCAAUAUAAGUAAAAUAACUCCAUCAGACAUGCUGGAAUGCUAGUUUUUCUUAUAUGUUGGCACAUUAGCAAAAAAAUCUCUGCACCUGGCUUGAAGAGAAGUGCCUGUAAGAAAAAUAGCUCACGUUUUUGUCAUUGCAGAGUUAUACAAGCACAGGCUUUGAUGAUGCACUUUUUCUAAGGAUACUUGCCUAAAGAAGCACGGGAGCUUAAACGAGACAUGAAAAAUAAAAAUAUACCAGACGAACUUGCAUAAUGUAUUGGUCGUGCAUUGAUCGUGAUACUACAGUCAGACUUAUUACAAAGUUUGUGCUGCUACCAUGCUGUGAUGCAAACACAGGGAGGAGCAAUGUAAGUAAUAUUUAUGCUUAAUCCUUCAGCAUUUUUUCUAGUCUUGAAAUGUAAAACGAAAAUGCCUUAUUCACUACAGUAGCUAUGUAGCUUUAUCAAACAGGCCUCGAAAUAUGGAUCUGAAAACAUCAUUAUAAGUACGGAAGACAAGGAAGCUACCAAUUACAAAAAGUUGGUCGUACUUGAUGGCAUUUCAGUGGCUUCUGAAAGGUUGGAAAUACUGGUCGGAAUUUAUUUGCGCGAGUAAGCAUGCACCUAAUGUGCCAGAAAUUCAUUAAACAGCUUGAAAAAAGCUGGAUUUGUGGGAAGUGCAGAUAUUAUAAAUAACAAAUAAAACCUAAUAAAAAAUACACUUAGUAUUGUGCUAUCAAUGUUCAAGCAUAUCGAGGCACUCAUGGUGGCACCAAAUUUCUGCUCAGGGCACAAAUUUACUCUGAAAAAAGUUAUAUGUUCAGGCUUUGCUAGAAAUAGCUGGUAUUUUUUUUUCCUGUUUGGGAACAAUUGCUAUAAUUUUUCAUUUCAUUGUUGCAGACGACUGCUUUUUAGUCUACGUGCAAUAAUGCGGUGCAUUUUAUGAACAAAAGAAUGUGUGAGUGCUAUUUUAGGAGCUUGUUGAUGUUUGCUCGCAUGGUAAUGAGAUGAAGUUUCAAGAGAAUGUUGCAUAACUAUCUAUGCUGCUUUGUUAAUGGUUACAAAAGUAAGUUGUUGCACUGGUGCAUACCACGCUGUCACUUUGUUUUCUCGAAGUGUAUACUUGUGAAAAAUGUUGCGAUAUCUUUCACAGCCUGUAAAUGUUCGUUAAUUUUUAUUUCCAAUGGCCAUAUGAUACUUAUUUCUGUGAGGUUUGUCAAUAUGUCAAGUGAGCUGCGGUGUGAUCCUGAAUGCCAUCUCCGGUCACCGGAAGAAAUUUCUUGUGUGAUUUUUCCUUUUGGUACUUCUACAUCGAACGAGUUUUGUCAUGUUCGAUUGAAAUAAAUAAGUAGGUUUUCAUUUAC